CUUAUAUUACGUCAACUCCGUCCGAUUUUCUCUCAGGGUUUAGUUUUACCCCCUGGCAUUUUCCUCGACAGCCUGCUUCAGACACCUUCUACUGCAGACUAGCCGCACCCGGAACCCCACAAGGAGCCAAACAGAAUGCAGGGAGCUGGGCCACCAGGCGGCCACAAUCCUUUCGGGGGUCCAGGCGCCAACCCUUUCAACGCAUACCAGGUGGACACAACUGCGCAGUUCGCAGACGAGGUGGUCCCGGCUGUGCCCCAGCAACCGGCUGGCCCUCCCGGGGGAGCCUUCGCCCCCCAAGGCGCCUGGGGCGGAGCAGGAGCGGCUGGCGCUUGGGGUGGAUCACCGCAGCAGCCUGCACAGGGCAGCUUUGGGCCGCAGCACGUGAACCUGCAGUUCACUGACACCACCGCUCAACAGUAUGUGAGUGGCACGAUGGGGCGCGGCGAGGAGCGCCAGAACCUGGUGCACCACGGCGCGGGCAGCACGGACCCAGGGGCCAGCUCCUCGGUGCCGGGCGGCAUGCCCUUCCCGCAGCAGCAGCAGCAGCCGUACAGUGCCGGCGACGGCGCGCCGUCGGGCGGCAUGCCAGGCGCGGGCGGCGAGCGCGGACACCGCGAGGACUACACCAAAUACCCCUUCUACAACGUCCGCCGCUACCGGGAGUACUUUGAUGUAGACACCACCGACGUGCUGUGGCGCGUGGGCAACUCCAUGAUCGGCGUGUUCCGCCCCAACUUCAUGGAGGUCACCAUGAAGAACCCUGACCUGUACGGUCCUUUCUGGGCCGCCACGACGCUCAUCUUCAUCACGGCCGUGGCCGGCAACUUUGUCAGCUGGCUGGCGUGGCGCAAGAACAACUCCAUUUCGCCGCCGCCACCGCCCAUACUGCCCAGCCCCUCGCCCUCGAACCUGUCGCCGUCGCCCUCCCCCGCGCUGGCGGACAGCGCCGGCUCGGAGUUGGCCAACGUGGGGCGGCUGCUGCUGAGCAAGAUGGCUCAGGACCAGUGGUUCACAGACUACACCAAGCUGGCCACCUCCGCCGCCAUCUUCUACGGCUACAUCUUCAUCGUGGGCCUCAUCGUGUGGGGCGUGGUCAAGUGGUUCCGCGGCGAGCUCAAGCUGGUCAACGUGUUCUGCAUCUACGGCUACUGCCUGACGGUGUACGUGCCGGUGUCCAUCGCCUGCGUGGUGCCCAUCAACUGGCUGCAAUGGCUGCUGGUGAUGCUGGCCACGGCGCUGGGGGCGGGCUUCCUGUUCAUGAACUUUAAAAACACCAUCUACUCGGCGGCGCCGGCAAAGGCUGUGCCGGUGCUACUGGCCAUCGUGUUGGCCCACAUCGCGCUGGGCCUGGGCCUCAAGCUCUACUUCUUUCAGUACUGAGGCCGCAGCCUUGAGGGCAGCCACCGGAGGCACUUCCGCAUGUUUAAUGCCGGGACCAUGCGGGCACCGGUUGUGCCAGAGAGUUGGCGGUCGGCGGACUUGCAAGAGUGUGCAAUUAAGCGUACUCCAGGUAGUAGGAUCCAUGCUAAGCUGCAGGGAGUAUGUGUGAGGGCUGUCAUGGAAGCCCAGAAGAGGAGGUCAUGAGGUGUGGUGGGUGAGCCAAUGAGAUUGGGCUUGGGCUGCUGGUGGAUGACGGUAUGGAGCGCUGAGAAGACGACGGCAGUGCAAAACAUCAGCCGUUGGGGUUACUUGAGUAAUCUACGAGCACGAUCUCGGCAGUCCAAUGACAUUCGACCGAUGCACACACCUACAUGCCCCCACGGUAUUCGUGCAAACUCGUGGCUUUCGCCAACGCUGCGUCCCCACACGCCAAAGCAACGUGUUGAGUUUGCGCCUAGGACAGGCGAACCACUUAGGACGGUGUAAGAGGGCGAGCGCUAAGACCAGUGUAAGAGGGCGAGCGC